ACACAGACACACACACACACACACACACGCUAGUUAUUGCAAUGCUUUACCUUCUCAUAUCAGCGUGAUGGUCUUGAAGUCAACAAUUUCUUUGUUUUCUUGUAGGAAAGCAAAGGCUGCAAAAACAGUUGCUGUUCAGGCAUUCAAGGUCUUCCUGGAGCUGCUGGAGCUGCUGGAGCUGCUGGCGUUCCUGGCGUUCCUGGUGCUCCUGGCGCUCAUGGCGCUCCCGGCGCUCCCGGUAACCGUGGCGAUCGUGGAGAUCCUGGUCAAGAAGGACAAAGAGGAGGAAAAGGUGAUAAAGGGGCAACCGGAAAAGUUGGUCCAAAAGGUGUCACAGGCGAGACUGGAGUUAGGGGUCCGACCGGACCGAGGGGGCUGCCAGGCGUUUUCCGUUCAAGCGUGUGCUCUAAUGACAGAAAGGGCAUGAUGAGAUAUAAUCAGCAAGUAGACAAGGUAGAGUAUUGUGAUGGUAACAGCUGGCUCACACUGUUGUUAAUAACACCCGGCAGCUCGUCUCUGUUGCCUGCAUCAUCGUGCAAGGAAAUAGCACUCCACUACAAGUCUUCUGCCAAUAGUGGAAAGUAUUGGAUCAAACCAUCCAACAGUGAUCUACCUUAUCAGGUAUUCUGUGAUGCUAAUGAAGGUUGGACUCUAAUCAUGAAAAUAGAUGGAAAUCAACAAACCUUUACCUAUAGAAGCGGUCUGUGGUCAAACAAGGAAACAUUCCAACCAACAAAUUUAGAUUUGGAUGACAAGGAAGCAAAACUGGCUUCGUAUUGGACACUACCAUUUACUGAACUUCGUUUGGGAAUGAAAGUAGAUGGAACAAUCAGAUGGAUCAUUCUCAGCUACAGCGCAUCAUCUCUCUACAGUCUUAUUGCUGAUGGAAAGUACAGAAGUACGAGUAUCGGUGAGAAUAAAUGGAGAAAUCUACUGCCAACGUCAUCUCUGCAGGACAAUUGCAAUAGGGAAGGAUUCAACACAAGAGGCACUCACUCAAGCUACAGCUCAAAUCAUGCUGGAGCUCGUCUGGGAUUUCUUGUUAACAAUGAGAACAAUUGUAACUCACCAGAUUCUUUUCUUGGCUUUGGAACAGAGUACAGGAGCAGCAGAAACAGUGCUGGAAACUACAAUGGACGCGUAAAUACUAAAAAAAUUGCCUAUAUCAUGGCACGAUGAGACGCUGCACUACGUAAAUGCAUGAUAGCAUUAAUUAAGAUGGUUUUCUCCCAGUAUGAUAUCCACCACAUUGUUUUAGUAGGUCAACUAGUCUACACUAUAUGCUUGAUUACAUUACAACAUAAACCAACGA